AGCGGGGGCGGAGCCGAGCGGCGGGGGCGGUGCUGGUGAGCGCGGGGCCUGGGGCCGAGGCGGCGCGCGGCGCUGACAGCUAGUCGGUCGCGGCCUCCGGCCCCCUCGGCACCCGGCGCCGACCACGGCCGGUCCCGGAGCCAUGAGCCCCGGGCUACUGCUGCUGCUCGGCAGCGCCGUCCUGCUCGCCUUCGGCCUCUGCUGCACCUUCGUGCAUCGCGCUCGCAGCCGCUAUGAGCACAUCCCCGGGCCGCCGCGGCCCAGCUUCCUUCUUGGACAUCUCCCCUACUUUUGGAAAAAGGACGAAGCUUGUGGCCGUGUGCUCCAAGAUGUGUUUUUGGAUUGGGCUAAGAAGUAUGGUCCUGUUGUGAGAGUCAAUGUCUUCCACAAGACCUCAGUCAUUGUCACGAGUCCGGAGUCAGUCAAGAAGUUCCUGAUGUCCACCAAGUACAACAAGGACUCCAAGAUGUACCGUGCGAUUCAGACUGUGUUUGGGGAGAGACUGUUUGGCCAGGGCUUGGUGUCUGAAUGUGACUAUGGGCGCUGGUACAAGCAGAGGAGAGUCAUGGACUUGGCCUUCAGCCGCAGCUCCUUGGUCAGUCUGAUGGAGACGUUCAACGAGAAGGCAGAGCAGCUGGUGGAAAUCUUAGAAGCUAAGGCAGAUGGACAGACACCCGUGUCCAUGCAGGACAUGCUGACCUGCGCCACCAUCGACAUCCUGGCCAAGGCAGCUUUUGGGAUGGAGACCAGUAUGUUACUGGGUGCCCAGAAGCCGCUGUCCCAGGCAGUGAAGGUUAUGCUGGAGGGCAUCAGUGCAUCCCGUAACACCCUGGCAAAGUUCAUGCCCGGGAAGAGAAAGCAGCUUCGGGAGAUCCGCGAGAGCGUCCGUCUGCUGCGCCAGGUGGGGAAGGACUGGGUGCAGCGCCGCCGCGAGGCCCUGACGAGGGGCGAGGAUGUGCCGGCCGACAUCCUCACGCAGAUCCUCAAAGCUGAAGAGGGAGCUCAGGACGAUGAGGUUCUGCUGGAUAACUUUGUCACCUUCUUCAUUGCGGGUCACGAGACUUCUGCCAACCAUCUGGCAUUCACAGUGAUGGAGUUGUCUCGCCAGCCAGAGAUCGUGGCAAGGCUGCAGGCUGAGGUGGACGAGGUUGUCGGUUCCAAGAGGCACCUGGACUACGAGGAUCUGGGGAAACUGCAGUAUCUGUCGCAGGUCCUCAAAGAGUCUCUGAGGCUGUACCCGCCAGCGUGGGGCACCUUUCGCCUGCUGGAGGAGGAGACCUUGAUUGAUGGGGUCAGAGUCCCUGGCAACACUCCUCUCCUGUUCAGCACCUACGUCAUGGGAAGGAUGGACACCUACUUUGAAGACCCAUUGACUUUCAACCCUGACCGCUUCAGCCCUGGAGCGCCCAAGCCACGGUUCACUUACUUCCCCUUUUCCCUGGGCCACCGGUCCUGCAUCGGUCAACAGUUUGCUCAGAUGGAGGUGAAAGUUGUCAUGGCCAAGCUGCUUCAGAGGAUCGAGUUCCGGCUGGUGCCUGGGCAGCGCUUUGGGCUGCAAGAGCAGGCUACACUCAAGCCAUUGGACCCCGUGCUGUGCACCCUGAGGCCCCGGGGCUGGCAGCCUGCACCCCCACCCCCACCCUGCUGAGCCCUGGGUAGGGUCAGACUCCUUGGACCAGGGCCUGAUUGGCCCCCAUUAAUGCCCAUGGCCACCCACCAGCACCCCUGACCCUUCUGCCACCUUCCACGAUGGCUCCUGGCGAGCCCUGUCCCCUCGCCUGCUUCACACCCUCAGUGCUUCCUGUCAUCGCUGGCUUUUCAGCUCUUUCUGGUGGGCCCUGCCUGACUCCCAGCUAUUACCACCACCACCAUCGUCUCUCCCAAACCUCUGAACUUCUGCACUGGCCACACCCUCAAAAGAGACACCCUAACUCUUGCUCACUCCCUAAACUCUUCAAGUGACACGUCCCCCAGGAAGCCCUCCUUGCUUCCCACAGCCAGGCCAGGGUCUCUCCUCUGUGCUCCUACCUCUAACACACUGACCACACUGUAUUGUGAAUGUUUGCUCAUGUGACCAGCUGCCCUGCCAGGCUGUGAGGGCCACAGGGCAGGGUCUGUGUGCACUUUGCCUCUGAGGCCCCUGUUGCUAACUAGGGUCUGGAACAGAGUCGAUGCCCAAUAAAUGUGUGUUGACUGCA